AUGACCAAGUUUUAUCUCAGACUACGACAUUCAUCUGUAGCCUUUGUCCGCCACAAUUAUCAAUGGGCAACAUGGGAGUUCCGAAGUAUUUCCCAGACAGCGUGUAAUCAUACUGCAAAGAAAUCAUCUCGAAAGAUUUCUGUGAAAAAGAAACCAGUCUCUAUUUCUGACGACCACAAGAAGCCAGCAAUUCCGAGGACUCAAUUGCCGCUACCUUCUCCUGUCAUGCGCUCUAGCUAUGGGAACCGAAUUCGUUUCCACCCGAUUUCCAUACUGAUAGGAGGCACAGUUGUUGCGAUGAUGGGGGCCUACACAACCUUCAUAUUCAUCAAUCUCAGUCGUACCAAUCACCAAAUUGUAACUACGAACGUGGCUGCGCAGGCUGACGUGUCAGCAUGCUAUGAUGGCAUUGCAAGCACUUUUGAUGACAUGGUGGACUCAAAUGAAUACUGGCUUGGUAUAACCGGUUUGCGCAAAAAUCUAGUUGCCCAAGCACGAGGUCAUGUUCUCGAAGUAUCCAUCGGGACUGGUCGGAACCUAGCUUUCUACAAGUGGUGCGACACGGGUCGCCAUGUCAAAAGCCGAUCUGAAAAAUGGCGUCAAGAUCAAACAGAAGGGGUCAAGAGCUUGACGGCCAUAGAUUCAAGUGUAGCUAUGCUAGCCAUUGCGCGUGGUAAGUUUAACUCGCUCUUCCCGAAUUCGUCCUCUGUACACCCCGUCGUACGUUGGGUGGCAGCAGACGCAACAGCCCCGGCAUCAAUUCCUGAUGCGCCGUUUGACCUACCUGCUAGUGGGGCAAGGCAACGCGCUAGAUAUGAUACCAUAGUGCAGACUAUGGGCCUAUGCUCUGUGAAUGAUCCUAUCGCCUUGCUUCGGAAUAUGAGUGACUGUCUAGAUGAAGAUGGUCGCAUCUUGCUGCUCGAGCAUGGACGUGGCCAUUGGAGAUGGCUGAAUCGGAUAUUGGAUCAGACUGCCGAAUCGCACGCUCACACUUUCGGCUGCUGGUGGAACAGAGAUAUACGCGCGAUCAUUGACGAGAGUGGACUCGAAGUUGUGAAUAUGAAGACUCCUAAAUGGUGGCACGGCGGUACGACGUGUUGGAUAGAGCUCAAGAAAUCUGAGACGACAGAUAACGAGCCAGUCAUCUAG